GAAUUAUUGAAGAUUUUUUAGAUUAAUGGCUGAUUACAGUGAGGGAGGAAACCAGCUUGGCUCAUCUCGAAUCGAAAAUAAAAUGAAAAACAGGAACAAAAAUUUCAAGAAUUCAAGAGGACCAAGGAAUUCUCAUAGUUUUGUAUUUAGAGCUCUUUCAAAGGAGAUUCCCUCUUUAAAGAGAGUCAAGAAAAACCUAGCCUCUAAAAUAGUCAAUAUUCCAAAGCCAUUGCUUGCAAAGAACAACUUUAGAAAAAAAGAGGAUACUAGAAAAUUUUCAGAUCGAAAGAAUAACGAUAGUACAAUUUCUCAUUUUGGGUCUGAUUCAAACACACUUGAAGCUAAUUUGAAUCAUAUUUCUGAUGACCAGAUCAUCAAGUCUGUAAUAUUCAAAGAUAUCCCCAAAGCUCCCAGUCAAAAUGCUGAAGAAAAUAAGGAAGAAAUUACGACUUGAGAAGAGAGCAAGAUUCAAAUAUCUAAUGAAGAGUACCAGAAGAGGAACCCAGAGAUAGUUUUCAGGAACAAGAUUCAUGAAUUACGACUUCCUAAGGGCUCUAGAGAGGGCUCUCCCUCAUAUUUCACUGAAGAAAAUCCAAGCCCUCAGAAAUAUGAUGGAUAUAUGGUGAAUCAUUAUAGCAUUCCUAAUAAGCUGAAGGUGUCUUUUGGGGGCUCUAAAUCCAAAUAGCUUCAGGCAGAUUAGUACGAAAGAAGAACAUAGCAAUUGGAAAAUGUCAAGAGGAUGGAUGCUGAAACAUGGCAAAAGAGUCUCUAGUAUGAGCAAAAGUUUCAAAACUUCUCUACAGAAUACAGUUAAGGGAAUGAAGCAGAGAAAGAAAGAUUUCCAAGGCCUCAGACUUCAGAAGCAUCAACGGUCAAAUUCUGAUUUAGAGUCUUAUCCAAUUGAGCAAAGUAUCUCCUUCUCAGAGAUGAAAUUUCCUGAUCAAAUAGGUUCUGCAAGAAAAUUUACUAAUAAUAGAUACAACUCUGGAGGGUCUGAUCUCAAAUUCUCUGGAAAAUUGGAUCCAAGUUCUUUCAGGAAAUCCUCUUCAAAGAAUAGAAAAUACGAAACUUCAGCAAGGGAGCGCAAGGGUAUUUUUCCAGAAAAGAAGUCUUAUAUCAGGAAUUAUGCUAAAAUCAAACCGUUGAAUAAGACCUCAUUGAGAAAAAUCAAGGAGAUUUUGGAAAACCAGAGAAGAAACCAGAACACUCUCCUAGAACAAUUAACUAAGGACCGGAAUUAUGUAUUAAACAAGCAUAAGAGGAACCAAGAAGAUAUUUACCCAUUGUAUGAAAUUCCUUCAAGGAGAAUGAUGGAAAAUAAGUCAUUUAGCCAUUUUGAUGAAGCUAAAGAGACAGGAAGUAAUUUGGCAUGUAACUAUGCUCAUGAGAAUUCUGUAUUCCCUCCUCAAAACUAAUCCCUGAUGUAAACUCCACAGAUUAUUUCUAAGA